AUGACAGGAGCCACUCCAAAGGGAGUUCUUAGGAUUAUGGGCGUGCCGGGACUUACAAUAUACCAUGUGAAGAGUCACUUACAGAAAUGCCGUCUUGCAAAGUACAUUCCAGACCCUGCAGCCGAUGACAACAAAGCUGAAAAGAAAGAUCCAGGGGAUUUGCUGGCAGCACUUGAAGGUUCCUCUACAAUGCAGAUAUCUGAAGCCCUGAAGCUGCAGAUGGAGAUCCAGAAGCGGUUGCAUGAACAAUUAGAGGUACAAAGGCAGCUGCAGCUGCGAAUUGAGGCACAGGGCAAGUACCUUCAGAAGAUCAUCGAAGAGCAGCAACGCAUCAAUGGUGCUGGAGUUUCUAGAGCCACAUCAAGUGAACAGUUGACCAAAUCCAAAAGACCUAACUCCUCAACCCAUGUACCAGCAUCUCCAACUCCACUUCAGGCUAUUCCAUUCAGUGAAGACAAUGGAAGUCAAGUUGAGCCCAUGAAGACUGGCUCACAAGAUAUUCCUAAUGGUGAACCUCAAACACCUGACACCAACUGUCGGCCUGACUCACCAAGGCUCAGUCCAAAGCAUGAGCGCCCAGCCAAGAGGCAGAGGGGCAUCAGCAACAACGAUGGUACCAUGUUCGCUGAUGGUGACUUUACCCUUCCACACCACAUCUUUGAGUCAAGCACGGGCUCGGAGUGGGCUCGGAGUUCCAACUAUGUGCGAUGUCAUACUUAA